UUCAAUCCUGUGGUGCUGCCGCAAUGGGGAAGCGGCCGUCCACGGGCUCUGACAAGUCCAAACCAAAGAAGGGCAAGUCAUCCAGUGACCUUACAGAGAUUCCAGUGGAAAAGCUUGAGACGGCUUACUUCAAGCUGUUCGAAGAGUGGUGGAAGUGGACCAUGCAGAAGUUUCUUCUGCACGACACAGUAGCAAGCAACGUAUUCAACCGCAACUUCACAUCGGGGUACGCAGCAAUGGUCCCAUGGGAGAAAGAGCUCACCAACAACCCCGAGAUUUUGGAGACCUUGUGCCAACGGCUGAGCAAUGACUACGAGCAAACGCACCAGAAGCCGCGAAAAGAGAAACUGCAGAGGCGUUGCGCCGCGUUCCAUGCGCGCGCGCAUGUGUUUCGGGAGAAGUACCCCGAGGACUAUGUGAAGAGCGAGGAGACAAAUCUCAUGAAAGCUUUUUUUCGUCAGCAACCAGAAAAGGACGCUGAACUCGAUGUUUUGCUGGAAGAAUCAGUCCCCCCAGCAGACUUGUCGCGCAUUGGAAUUUUUCGUGCUCCUAUGGCAGCGCACGCAAAGAAGGCCGGAGCUGCCAUCAAC